ACUCAGUCGUCUCUAUCUCCCCCACAGUUACCCUGCAUCGCGCAACAAUACAAGCGUACAAAACAGAUGUCUCUGUCUCUCUCCCCUGCCAGCACCUCCCUCAUUGUUGGUUCUGUGUAUUUAUGACAGUUGAACAGGCAACAAAACAACAACAGGGUCUCCAGAGCUCAGACCGAGUUCUCGACGAAUAACUUGUACACUCACUCAAUUCUCUUCUUCCUCGAUAGAAAGAUGACGGACACAACGGAUGACAUCGCAGAGGAGAUAUCGUUUCAGUCGUUCGAGGACGACUGCCGCUUGCUGGGGAGCCUCUUGAACGACGUGCUGCAGAGGGAAGUGGGGCAGGCCUUCGUCGACAAGAUUGAGAGGAAGAGGGUCCUCUCCCUCUGCUCCUGCAACAUGCGCUCCGCCGGCAUCGGAAUUGGCGUCGAAGGUGAGGAUGGCUGCCGCCUCCCGGACCUUAUAGACCAACAGCUCUCCUUUCAGAUCUCUCAGAUGACCCUCCAGGAUGCUGUCACCGUCGCCCGAGCGUUCAGCCAUUACCUCAACCUCAUGAGCAUCGCCGAAACCCAUCAUAGGGUGCGCAAGGCUCGAAACACUGUUCAUUUAUCAAAAUCAUGUGACGACAUAUUCAACAGAAUCAUCCAAACCGGAGUUCCUCCCGAUGACCUUUACAACACUGUUUGUAAACAGGAGGUGGAGAUCGUUCUCACUGCUCAUCCAACACAAAUAAACAGGCGGACUUUGCAAUACAAGCACAUCAGAAUUGCUCAUUUAUUAGAAUUUAAUGACCGGCCUGACUUGAGCCAUGAAGAUAGAGAGAUGUUGAUUGAAGAUCUGGUAAGAGAAAUAACAUCCUUGUGGCAAACAGAUGAGCUGAGACGUCAUAGACCGUCUCCGGUAGAUGAAGCAAGGGCUGGUCUCCACAUUGUGGAACAAUCCCUUUGGAAGGCUGUGCCUCAAUAUCUUCGCCGUGUCAGCGCUGCUUUGAAAAAGCACACUGGCCGACCGCUUCCUUUGACUUGCACCCCAAUUAGGUUUGGUUCUUGGAUGGGUGGUGAUAGGGAUGGAAAUCCUAAUGUAACUUCGAAGGUUACAAGGGAUGUUUCCUUUCUCUCACGAUGGAUGGCAGCCGAUUUAUACAUUCGUGAAAUAGACAGUCUUAGAUUUGAACUUUCAAUGAACCGUUGUAGUGAGGAGUUAGCCAAACUUGCUUACGAAAGUCUACAAAAAGAGUCCUCACUUGAGGACCGCCAUUACGAAGGUCGAGAUCAGUCGGUGCAUAGAAGUCAUCAAAAGAAUCCUGACCAACAGAUGUCGCCCUUGCCAUCUCAACUUCCUGUUGGUGCAGAUAUGCCUUCAUGCACAGAAUGCAACGAUGGAGAUUCACAACUUCCCAUUCUGGAAUUUCCACGCCCUGAUUACACCAAAAGUGAAAUUGAGGAUGAUCAAAACUCAGCAAUUUCAGUUUCUUUGACAAAAGAUUCUGUUCAAAAUUUCCCCAAAACAUUUGCAAAUGGUAAUGUGACAGCGGAUGAAUGCUCAGCUUCUUCUAGCUCCCUGCAAUCUGCUGGAUUAGGAUGUUCAUCAGCUCCAAGUACUCCUAGGUCUAAUUUUAUGAAUUCUACUCAAGCUAUGAGGAGGAAACUAUUUGCAGAGUCUGAUGUUGGUAGAUCCAGCUUUCAAAAGCUUCUAGAGCCAAGAGUACCGCAAUGGCCAGAAAUUGCUCCAUACAGACUGGUUCUUGGAGAUGUAAGAGAAAAGCUUAUUAAGACAAGGAGGCGGUUGGAGCUCCUUCUUGAAGGUCUUCCUUGUGAUUAUGAUCCUUCUGAUUACUACGAAACAUCUGAACAGCUUCUAGAACCUCUUCUCUUAUGUUAUGCAUCCCUGCAAUCCUGUGGAUCGGUCAUCCUGGCAGAUGGGAGGCUUGCUGACUUGAUCAGAAGGGUUGCUACCUUUGGGAUGGUAUUGAUGAAGCUCGAUUUACGCCAGGAAUCUGGUAGGCAUUCUGAAACACUAGAUGCAAUUACAAAGUACCUAGACAUGGGUACAUACAGCGAUUGGGAUGAAGAGAAAAAGCUUGAAUUCCUCACACGAGAGCUGAAGGGAAGAAGGCCACUAGUUCCCCCGUCUAUCGAGGUAGUUGCUGAUGUGAGGGAGGUCCUAGACACCUUUCGUGUAGCAGCCGAGCUGGGAAGUGAGUCUCUUGGAGCAUAUGUAAUUUCCAUGGCUGCAAAUGCUAGUGAUGUUUUGGCAGUGGAACUCUUACAAAAAGAUGCACGUCUUGCUGUAAGUGGGGAGCUUGGGAGACCCUGUCCAGGGGGAACGUUGAGGGUUGUACCUCUGUUUGAAACAGUGAAAGACUUGAGAGGAGCAGGCUCAGUUAUUCGGAAAUUGUUAUCUAUUGACUGGUACCGGGAGCAUAUUAUCACAAGCCACAAUGGGCACCAGGAGGUAAUGGUUGGAUACUCAGACUCGGGAAAAGAUGCAGGUCGCUUUACUGCAGCUUGGGAGCUGUAUAAAGCCCAGGAAGAUGUUGUGGCUGCCUGCAAUGAGUUUGGCAUCAAAGUCACACUGUUUCAUGGACGUGGAGGAAGUAUUGGACGUGGUGGUGGUCCCACAUAUCUUGCUAUACAAUCCCAGCCCCCUGGUUCUGUCAUGGGAACGCUUCGGUCAACGGAGCAAGGAGAGAUGGUACAGGCCAAAUUUGGGUUGUCCCAGACAGCGGUGAGGCAGCUGGAGAUUUACACCACGGCCGUGCUGCUCUCUACUUUGCAGCCUCCUCAGCCACCACGUGAUCACAAGUGGAGAGAUGUGAUGGAGGAGAUAUCAAGGAUCAGCUGUGACCAUUACAGGAGCACUGUCUAUGAGAAUAACGACUUCCCCCAAUACUUUGAAGAAGCCACUCCGCAAUCCGAGCUGGGUUUUCUCAACAUCGGCAGCAGGCCCACUCGGAGGAGUCAAGGCAGCAAAGGCAUAGGUCAACUACGAGCCAUCCCUUGGGUCUUUGCAUGGACACAGACCAGGCUCGUUUUGCCUGCUUGGCUCGGGGUUGGGACAGGGCUAAGGUGGGCUUGUGAGAAAGGAUACAAAGAAGAGCUUCAGGCAAUGUACAAGGAGUGGCCCUUCUUCCAGUCAACCAUCGACCUGAUAGAGAUGGUUCUGGCAAAGGCAGAUGUCCCCAUAUCCAAGCACUACGAGGAGGUUCUGGUCUCCCCAUCUAGACAGAAGCUUGGAGAGGAGCUGAGGGUGGAGCUGUGCAGGACCGAGAAGUAUGUGCUGAUUGUGAGUGGGCACGAAAGGCUCUCGGAGAACAAUAGGAGCCUGAGGCGUUUGAUCGAGAGCAGGCUCCCUUAUCUUAACCCUAUCAACAUGAUCCAGGUCGAGAUAUUGCGCCGCUUACGCCAGGAUGAUGACAACCACAAGCUCCGUGAUGCACUUCUCAUCACCAUCAAUGGAAUAGCUGCUGGCAUGAGGAACACUGGUUGAAUCCUUUGCCUCUAGAGUUACCUGAACUAGUGACUGUGCUAAAACAUAGUUAGUUCCUCCUCCCUUCUUAAGAGCGCAGUUUGCUAAAUGCAUGGGGAUGAAUUUCAAGGCAAUAAUGGCCAUUUAUACUCCCCAUCAUUUGUUAUUGUAUAUAUAUAAUAUCAUUAGGACGGUGUUUUUCUUUGUCAGAUGCUGUAUAUUAUAUACAGCUAUAUUUCUUUG